UUAACUGAUCUUUAGACCACAGGAGAACUAAGUGUGUUUUAUCGGCCGCCACUACACAUUAUGAAGACAGUGUUAUUGUUUCUACAUUGCAUAUUCAAUCGAUACUCGUUAUACCUUUCCCAACUAAUUGCAUAAUGUUAAGGCCACCUUAAAGGAGCUACACACCAGAUGGUCCCAAUAUCGGCAAUUACAGUACUUCCUCAUAACAAGUCUAGACUUGGCAAUGCGAGCUAGUAGGAGGCCGAUAAUACAUCACUUUAUAUGGUAUAAAUAAUAAACGCAACAAUCAUGUUGCUGUCUCAUCUGUGUUUCCCCGUUUAAAAAGCACAUAAUGGUUUCCAGGUUUAUAUCAUAUAUCUUUAUGAGUACAAAUAAAUAUAGUCGAUUUUUUUAAACUUUCUAGGAUUUACGUGGUAGACAAUUCUAGUAAAUUUCAAAUUGGAAAAAUGCGAAAAAACUUCGAACGAUGCAUGUGAUGUUAGCGAUGGGAUACAUCCGUAAGAAAGAUUCAAUUCUUUAAAUUGCUGGUUCCGAUUCGAUUGUGAUUCACUGGAAUGGAUCUGAAAUUCCUGGUUACUCCGAGGACAUACAGGGCUACAGCAUAUCUUGCCAGUUAAGGUCAGACAGGAAAGGAAAGCAUGUGGUUGUUAACAGGAAAUAUUUUACUUUCCCUAGUGACUCAAAGAUGGCCACUAUUAGCGGGCUGUAUCCAGGCACUGCCUAUCAUAUUGGCAUCGCAGCCUUCAACAAAACUGGGUAUACUCCAUCGGUCAUUGUUCUGACUGUAAAUACCCUGCCAGAUCCACUUCAACCGAAGCAUUUCCAAGCUAAAUCUGUUUCUCCGACUGUAAUCGAAGCCGCAUGGAAUUCUCCUGAAAGUGACGUCGACAGCUAUAGACUGCAAUACAUAAAUGCAGAUAAAAAUUUGAUUUAUUUUGAAACGCUUUAUCCCCCCCCCCGCCGGUUACUUCCUACUUUCGGAGCUAACACGUGAUACGGUAUACAAGAUUCAGCUUUCUGCCACCAGCAAAUCGAACAAGACUGCAAGAAGCGUUCCUAUGUAUGAAAAAACUCUGGAAUACUCUCGAGAGGAGUGCGAGAGACGGGAGAAGUUUUACUGUGAACAGUAUGGUAGAUGCAUAAGCAGGCUUUUGAUGUGCAACAGAAAUGACGAUUGCCCGGGAAAAGAGGAUGAAACAUGGGCAUUAUGUUAUGAGGAAAAAGAGACGUGCGAGCGAAAGGGAAAAUUUCGCUGCAACAUAACCGACACCUGUGUCAGCUUGUCAUACUUGUGCAACGGAUUAAAACAAUGCCCAAUUUUCAUUACAGCACAAAAUUUAUGUGAGAGUCGAGGACACUUCUUUUGUUCUUCGAGUCAGAUGUGCUUGUCAAUAGACAAAGUUUGUGAUCAUGUUGCCGAUUGUGCAGAAGAAGAGGAUGAGUCGGCCAAAUCGUGUCGUACUCCUACUCCCACGCCCACUACAACAAAACUUUCAGAAAACUUGGUCCCAGAUCUAAAAGGAGACAAAAACAACAACAAUGUCGUCCUCAUUGUUUUGUCAACGGUACUUCCAGUGUUGUUUGUAACCAUAUUGGUUUUGGGAUCGUACUUUUAUAUCAAGAAAGCACGGUCCCUAUGCCCCAUGAUGAGACCAGCGACCGUGUCCCAAUCAGAAAGAACUGCUAUGUUUACCCGUAGGGCAGCCUCAUCCAUUCGCAGAACCAGGAGCGAAGUCAUCUACAUGGACAUUGACGAAGAUGUUGGAGGAAUGUAUCCAUGCCAUCGUGAGGAAAAACAUGAAUAUGAUAAAGUCAACGACAGACCACCUUGCGCCUGCUUGAAAUGUGUUCGUGAGAGGGUUACUCCAAUGCUUCGGAGUCAUAGCGUAAGGACUCGCAUUGAACCUCUCCCAACUGGAAGUCUCUACAGGAGGACGUUGAAAGUUGAAAACAAUAUUCCGACGGUAGGAAUUAACAAAAAUGGAGAGGAUAAAACAAUACCCCUUUACUUGGAUUUGGACGCAGGAAACGAUAAAUUAAAAGACUUUGAUGUAAACAGGACUGAAUCUGAAAACGGAAAAGAGAAAGACGAGGAAGUAGUCAAUGUAACUUCGCAGAUAGCUCGAUCUGAGAAUAAGGAUGGAAGCGACGUCAAAAAUACAUCAAACGAUUACUUGCAUCCGAUUGCGUCGACUAACUCAAAUACACUAACACGUCCCAAGACAAACUUAAGUGGCGAAAGGAAGCAACCGCGCCCAAAGACUAUACAUAUUUAAAACUAACUGAUAUCAGCAUUUACAAAGAUUAUAUCUAAAAAAAUAAGCAAGAAUCCUUGGCGCUGAGUCUCAUUAGUUUCCCAGAUAUUGAAAUAAAACGAAGAACCAUUAAUAAAGCAAAUGAAUAAGUGAUCAAAAGUGCAAGUAUCUAUACCAAGAGUCAAUAUGUACAACCAUGUGUAAACAGUAACUCGUUUAAGAUAGAAUCCUUAAUUCAAGAAACAACACGACAUCUACAAGGACUCCCCUUCCUCUCGCAACUGUGUAGAGCUUCCUUCAGUUGAUUAAAGACGGACCAAUGGAUGAAAUGUUUCAUUACUGCAUUUAGACGAAAUGUCAUGUUCGACUCUCGUGGAUUAUUGCACAAUUCAACAAGAAAAAUAUUCACUCGAGUCGAAUACAACAACCCAGAUUAAAACGUAGUACAAAUAACCCUAUUAUGUAAUGCUAUGAAAGGUUUGUUCUUAAACUGAAUUAACCAAUGGACCAUGCUACAUUAAAUUGCGAACAUUCGACUGUGUAUUGUGUGGCAAAACGUGUUACCAAAGCUACGACUAUUUUUCUUACUUGCUGGAUACUGUCUAAUUUGAAACAAUUUCAGCUGAUAUUUCUCUUUUGUUACCUGUGUUAACUAUUCUUGUCAGUGUGACUCUUGUUAUUUGCUGUACGUCUGUGAAACAAGUGAACUCAAUGUGUGUCGUUGUUUUGAUAAAAACAAUUUUAAUAUUGCAAGUUUAUUUAAUUCGUUUUUGAUUAAUUCGUGAGAAUAUAAACUACUAGUAUUUAUUUUUUAAAUAAUAUUGUUUUAUCGAUUUAGAUUGGAUUUUACGCGGUCAAAUAAAAAGUGAUAAAUUGGCGUUUUGAAUGGUGGGGGACUAAAACAUGUCUUUACAAUUAAAUUGAAAAUACCCACGCCAAUACCGCUGGGGUAUCAGCCGAUCACUGCCAUAAAUAACCUCCAAUCCAGCAAUUCAAAUUUUCAACAAGCGGGUUAAAGUUCAAGUCGGAAUAAAGACAAGGGACCUUUAGCCUUACCAGCCCCCACCCAACAACCUCAAACUAUGUAAAAACCGGUUACUGAUAUUCGAAAAUUCACUUGUAAUAUGUUACUGUUGUAUAUAGAUCUUAUAAAUAUAUACAUGUUAUGUGCGUGUACUACUUAAUGAUUUGGUUAUGUAUUGAAUUACGAUAUAAACGUAAUAAUCUGAAAUCUUAUUUUUGGCACUCUUUAUGAAUAUUCUGAACGCUACACCCGCGUUAUCAAUUAAAGUCUUAUUUAACCUUUCUAUACGAUAAUGUAUCUUUACUUGACACGUGAACAUCCCCUUUAUUUAGUAUUAAACAUAUUGUUGUAUUAUGUUGUAUAAAACAGUGUAUAUAUUGUGAAACUUGUUUGUUUUGGAGUGACUUUGUAUUUUGUACGAAUCGAAAUAAAUACU